GGGUAUCGUGUUUACAGAACUGAUGAAGCUGUACCCCACACACGCCUGCCGCGAGUACCUGGCCAACAUCCCUCUGUUAGUAGAGCACUGUGGUUACAGAUCCGACAACGUCCCACAACUGGAGGAUGUAUCUAGAUUUCUUAAAGAACGGACAGGAUUCACUUUGCGACCAGUGGCUGGCUACCUGUCUUCUCGGGAUUUUCUAGCCGGCCUGGCCUUUCGCGUGUUCCACUGCACCCAGUACAUCAGGCACAGAUCGGAUCCCUUUUACACCCCAGAACCCGACUGCUGCCAUGAGCUGAUGGGGCAUGUUCCCUUGCUGGCCGACUCCUCUUUCGCCCAGUUUAGUCAGGAGAUUGGGUUGGCCUCGCUUGGAGCCACAGACAAUGAUAUUGCCAAAUUGUCUACGUGCUACUUUUUCUCGGUAGAGUUCGGGCUCUGCAAGCAAGAGGAUGAACUCAGAGCGUUCGGAGCUGGCUUGCUGUCUUCCAUCAGUGAAUUAUCCCAUGCUCUAACGGACAAGGCAGUGAAGAAAGUGUUUGAACCACUCCACACAUGUACCCAGGAGUGUCUCAUCACCACCUUCCAGGACGUUUACUUCUACACCGACAGUUUCGAGGAAGCCAAGGAGAAGAUGCGACAGUUUGCCAGCACCAUAAAACGGCCAUUUGCUGUCCGCUACAACCCCUAUACGGAGACAGUAGACGUCCUUGACAGCACCAGAUGUAUUGCCACGGUGGUCAGUGAGCUCAAAGGCGACCUCUGCAUCGUCAGCGACGCCCUCAAACGCCUACAGCUGAUGGAAAGCUUCAAAUUUCAAGACUGA